UUCAGCCCAAGUGGUAAAAAGUUCCGAAGCAAGCCCCAGCUGGCACGCUACCUGGGGAGCUCGAUGGACCUGAGCACUUUUGACUUUCGCACAGGAAAGAUGUUGAUGAAUAAAAUGAACAAGAACAGGCAGAGGAUGCGCUAUGACUGUUCCAACCAAGCCAAAGGCAAGCCUGAUUUGAACACAGCCCUGCCUGUCAGACAGACAGCCUCCAUCUUCAAACAACCUGUCACAAAGAUCACAAACCAUCCCAGCAAUAAGGUGAAGAGUGACCCUCAGAAAGCUGUGGACCAGCCCCGGCAGCUCUUCUGGGAGAAGAAAUUAAGUGGACUGAAUGCUUUUGACAUUGCAGAGGAGCUGGUGAAAACAAUGGACCUUCCAAAAGGUUUACAAGGGGUUGGACCUGGUUGCACUGAUGAAACCCUCCUCUCUGCUAUAGCCAGUGCUCUGCACACUAGCACCAUGCCGAUCACCGGGCAGCUGUCUGCGGCUGUCGAGAAGAAUCCUGGGGUUUGGCUGAACACCUCACAGCCACUUUGCAAAGCAUUUAUGGUGACAGAUGAAGAUAUUAGGAAGCAAGAGGAACUGGUGCAGCAGGUGCGCAAGAGGCUGGAGGAAGCCCUGAUGGCUGACAUGCUUGCCCAUGUCGAGGAAAUAGCGAGAGAUGGGGAAGCUCCUUCAGAGAAAGAAGGAGGCGAGGAAGAAGGGGAAGAGGAAGAGGAGGAGGAGGAGCAGGACCAUGACCAGGAGAUGGAGAAUGUAUAGUCCAGGGAGUUCCAUCUAAGAAUUCCCAGUAUAAACCCUAUCAGCAGGGUCAGCACAACCAUUUACAAAGCCAAGAGUGUCUGCCAAGUAAAUCGCACCAACAAUCCAACCGUACUUAGGAGAAUUUUGAUGUACACUUCAGGAGAACAUUGAGAAGCUGAUGGUUCUUUAAUUGCUGGGUAGUUUUGAAGAUGGAACUUCACUAAACUCUACUCCCCCUCCUUUUUCUAAAGGGGUAGGGUAAUUGGGAAUGCAAAAGUGGGAGGGAAUAAAGGAAUAUAAAAUGGUGGGAGGGAAAAUACUAGGAACCAAAUUCCCUGUCCUUUUUUUUUGUCGUUGUGGGUCAGUGAUAGGUGAUACAUUUUUAAGCUUUUCUAUCAAAGUACCUUUAACAAUGACCCAUAGGAACAAUUUUCUCUCUUAACACAAGUGAGAGAGAUGCUGUUUCACUCCUUGGCUACUCUGCUGUAGGCUACCUGUUUGUACCAGACUGUAGGGAGGUCAUUUUAUGUUGUGGAUUGUCAUUCCAUGUGUCAGGUCGAGUCACUGAAUUUCCUUUUCCUCGCAAGACCACAUUGGUCUUGGAAGUGUCGUCUCAGAGAUGAACUGCCAGUGCCUCUUCCACCUGAGGUUUUGACGAGUAGGGGAAGUUACACUUGAGGAAUUGGCCUUGCAUCAAUGGCAAUCGGAUUUUUAGUUAGUUCCAGCACCGCAGUGAAUGCACGACCGUGCAGUUUUGAUACGGAGUUGUGUGUGUGUCCGAGCGUAGCCCAAUAGAGCUUCGAAGAUAAAUAUACCUGCUCUGUGGUAUAUUUGUACUUUGGUUUAAGUCCGGUCAGAAGGACCUUCUCAACUCGGAAGGGAAGGAUGACUCAUUUCUGACUGACAAUGAGGAAAACUUCCUCCUUUCUCUCCUGGUGCCAAGAACCCUGACCUCUGUUUCUGUGCGUGUGGAGGGAAGGGGAUCCAUUCCAAGAGAUGUGUCUACACAUCUGCUUUUGUGUGCAGUAAUGUUCUGACCUCUUUUAAAACAAGAAAGGAAAAAAGGUUGAUUUUUCUAUAAUUGAUAUCUAAAAAG